ACAGUGAACGCUUCAGAUGUCUCGCACGGAGACGCUACUUUGAAGAAGGGAACGCCGAGUGGAAGCAAGAAGGACGCCAAAGCUGUAUCUCGCAAACAGUCAAUGCAUCAAAAAAUUUUUGGUGGUGGUGAUAAACACAAAUCGGAUUCAAACGCUGAUUAUGCGCAACUUCCUCCACAGCAACGACUACGACGCAUUCAAGCAAAGUUGCGCGAUCUAGAGAAGGAGAGAGAGAAAAUUCAACAGAGCAGAGAUGGACUAGCUAAAAUGAAACAGGUCUACACGGACAAUCCAAAAAUGGGAAAUCCUGCGGACUGCGAAACUCAACUUUGCCAGUACGAAAAAGAGAUUGAGAGCAUCAAUCAGCAAAUAAAUAGAUUUCGUAUUGUUCAGGAGGAUGUGCAACUGCAGAACAACCAUCCUAUAGGUGCAAGUGAUGUGUCAUCGGUUCUGUCAGGCAGCUCGACUAGCAGUGCUCCACUUGCUCGUACUUCUCACGUACAGAGUCCUCAGCGAUGUAGCUAUAGCGAAGAAAGUCUUGCAAGCAGUGAGGGGGGAAACACUGGAAACCGAAACGAAGUCCAUCCGGUGCGCGAUGCGCGUGAUGAGGUU